CUCUACAUCUCUUUUCUCAAUUCUCAAUUCUCAAUUCCCACUCACAUUUUCAAUCUGCUUUUGUUGUUUUCUCUCUCUCUCUCUCUCUGUGUAGACUUUUCCGAUGGCGUUCCGGCCUUUAUUGAGCAGAACCUUAGGUUUAACCCAAACCUUAACUCACUCUCACAAUCUGAGUCAGCUCCGUGGCUUGCAAACCUUCUCUCUUCCCGAUCUCUCAUACGACUACGGCGCUCUCGAGCCGGCCAUUAGCGGCGAAAUCAUGCAGCUCCACCACCAGAAGCACCACCAGGCUUAUAUUACCAACUACAACAAGGCUCUCGAGCAGCUCGAGGACGCCAUCGCUAAAGGCGACUCCUCCUCCGUCGUCAAGUUGCAGAGCGCCAUCAAGUUCAAUGGCGGAGGUCAUAUCAACCACUCAAUUUUCUGGAAGAAUCUAUCUCCUGUUUCUGAAGGAGGUGGUGAGCCCCCACAUGGUUCCUUAGGUUGGGCUAUUGACACUCAUUUUGGUUCCAUGGAAGUACUUGUGCAAAAGAUCAAUGCGGAAGGUGCUGCUUUACAGGGCUCCGGAUGGGUGUGGCUUGGUCUGGACAAGGACUCAAAGAAACUUGUGGUUGAUACAACCGCAAAUCAGGACCCACUGGUAACUAAAGGAGCAAAUUUAGUUCCACUGCUCGGUAUAGAUGUUUGGGAGCAUGCCUACUACUUGCAGUACAAGAAUGUCAGACCUGACUAUCUAAAGAACAUAUGGAAAGUUAUUAAUUGGAAAUAUGCCAUUGAAGUGUAUGGGAAAGAAUGCCCUUGAGUUCCAAUUCAUCUUUCAAGAUGGGCGUCCAGCUGGCUUUGCGGAUAGUUUGGUUCGUGAAAUAAAAUGAUAUGGUCAAAACAUUGAGGGACAUUGUUUCUGUUGAGGUGUUUGAUUAAUAUUGUAUCUCAUGUAUGAAAAUUCUAUUUACGUAGAGCUAUAUGCUCAUUGUAGCUUUAUGCUUAUUCCAAAAUAUGAAAAUUCGCCCCUCUUGCCAUUACCCUUUA